GAGAAGAAGAAGAAAUUAAAGAUGGGUAAGAAGUCUAUGAAGAAAAUUAAAGGUGCCGACGGAGACAAGAAUAUCUCUGGUGGAAUCAGUGAAACCCUCAAACCCCAAAAACACUCAAACCAUCAAGAAGCUUCUACGCCACGGACAUCUUUUUUAAGGCUGCUAAUGAUAGCUAUAUGUGUUCUUAGAGAACAGGUUGAUCCAGAAACAGCAAAAUACUUCUCCGAGAUUGCAAAUGUCAUCGAAGGUACUGAAGUUGAUCUGGAGGAACGCUCAUCUAUUUGUGGAAAUGCUUUGGAAGAAACAAGAGGGAAGGAAGUAGAACUUGCAACCGAUUAUAUCAUAAGUCACACUUUGCAAACUCUUCUUCAAGGCUGUGCUUUGGACCAGCUUUGUACCUUUCUUCAAAACUCUUCAAAAGACUUCCCACGUAUUUCCAUGGAUAAAUCUGGAUCUCAUGUAGCCGAGACAGCUCUCAGGUCUUUAGCUGCACAUCUUCAGGAAAGUGAUACCCAAGCUCUUGUUGAAGCGACUUUGAAUGAUAUAUGUCAGGCAAUUGUUGCCAAUCCUGUUGAAGUGAUGACAAACUGUCAUGGAUCCCAUGUCCUUCGAAGUCUUCUCUGUCUCUGUAAAGGGAUGCCAUUUGAUUCAUCUGACUUUCAUUCCAAAAAGCCAUCUGCUGCUCUUGCACAGAGGUUAAAUUUUAAGUCUUCUCGGUCAGAUGGAAGUGGAUCCCAAGGACUGCAGCUUGGGUUUCCUGAUAUGCUCAAAUUUCUUGUGUUAGAGAUACUUAAAGCCGCCAGAAAGGAUAUUGAAAUGUUGCAAGUUGAUCAAUAUGGCAGCUUGGUUCUGCAGACUGCUUUGAAAUUAUUGGUUGGAUAUGACCAGGAGUUAUUGCAUGCAAUUCCUGUUAUUCUUGGCUGUAAUGGUGUAGAUGCCAGCGAAGGGAACCUCAUAGACAAUAAUGUUGUCAAAAGACUUCGGAGUUUAAUGAAAGAAGCUGCGUUCAGCCAUUUAAUGGAGGUUAUCUUGGAAGUUGCUCCUGAACCCUUAUACAAUGAAAUAAUAACAAAGACUUUCAGAAAUUCAUUAUUAGAGAUGUCCUCUCAUUACUGUGGGAAUUUUGUUGUCCAAGCAUUGAUUUCCCAUGCUAGAAGCGAGGAUCAUGUGGAGCUGAUCUGGAAGGAACUUGGCACAAAAUUCAAAGAUCUUUUUGGAAUGGGCAAGUCUGGAGUUGUUGCUUCUCUCAUUGCUGCAAGUCAUAGGCUCCAUAGCCAUGAACACAUGUUUUGUCAAGCUCUCAUUUCUGCUGUAUGCAUGGAAAAUGAGCCCCCUAGAUGCAUUGUUCCUCGGAUACUCUUUCUUGAUAACUACUUUUACUGCAAGGAUAAAUCCAACUGGGAUUGGCCAAGUGGUGCUAGGAUGCAUGUUAUUGGGACAUUGAUUCUUCAAUCAGUAUUUAGACUUCCAAGUGAGUUUAUCCAUGCCUUUAUCUCGAGUAUGACAUCUUUGGAAGAAGAUCAUCUCCUUGACACUUCAAAGGACUCUGGAGGGUCUAGGGUGAUUGAAGCUUUUCUCAAUUCAAAUGCUUCUGGGAAACAAAAGCGUAAAUUAGUUGUAAAACUUAAAGGACAUUUUGGAGAGCUUUCUAUGCUUCUGGCAGGUUCCUUCACCGUUAAGAAGUGCUUUGAUGUCAGCAGUGUGGCUUUGAGAGAGGUGAUUGUGUCAGAAAUGUUAGCUGUGCAGGCAGAGCUCUCAAAGACAAAGCAUGGCCCUCAUUUCUUGAGGACAUUUGAUGUUGAGGGGUAUGCCAAACGACCUGAUCAAUGGAAGUCGAGACAGACUUCUAGAGAAUCUGCGUACAAUGAUUUCAUUUCUACCUUUGGUUCAAAGGAGACAACAUCAUCAAAAUAUGAUGCAUCUUUUACAGAGAAUCGCCCAAAAUCACAGCAAGAGAAGCUCAAGGACAUGAGGAAAGAGAUUGAUACUCAUCUAACUUCUUCUUGCUCUCCAUUCCUGGCUCAUAAACCAUUUAAAAUGUCAGGCCAGAAGCGUCACUCGGAUGGAACAGAAAGGGGUGCUGGGAAAUUUACUAAACAUACAAUGGAAGAUGACACUGGGAAAAGCAAACAAAAAUCUCAUAGAAAAAGAAAGCACGAUGGUUGACUGAGAAUGCUCUUAGGGUGUAAACUGAAGCAUUCACCUGGAUCUCCUUCCGGACAAGGAGCACUUUACUGGUCAAAGUCAUCAUUAAAUGUGAGAAACCUGGCUUUUUUUUGUCGGUGUAUUUAUAUCCAAUUUUUCCUUUUUCAAUUUUGCCGGUAUAUUUUUUGCCAAUAGUUUGCACCAAUAUGUUCCAAGUGCAUAUCUGUUGUGUCCUAUUUUUAGAAAUGUCCCCUUUUCAUUCUGUAUUCUACUCUGUUAUUACUAUAGAGACAAUUGUUACUAUAGAGAUAAGCACAGUAAUUAGCAUUGAAAAUGUAAUGGAUGACUCCAUAUUCACAUCUUUAAACUGCUGGUUACAUUUAAGUUAAAAAAAUGA